GGUGCACUCAUCGUACAUAAUGAGUUAAACUCUCACAGUGGCCACACAAGUUUCCAGGCAUGAAUAUGUUGAGCCUUCAGGAGAGACUUAAUGUUCUCAUCAUACUUUGCUGCUCUGCUUUUGUCUCUAUCAAUGGAGGAGGUGAAGAUGGAGUCUCCUCAUGUCAGGCUGAGCUCCUUGUCCGGAGGGGAACGAUACGGAGAGCUUUACCGGGACAUACGGUGACGGUCAGAUGUUCGCUCAAACACUGCGGGCAGCCUCUGAACGUCACCUGGUGUAAAAUCCGCAGCUCGGGCCGCUGUGAGCGGAUCAGGGAAACAGAGAAUGUGGGAAUAACGCAGCAGCCCGACGGAUGGACCAAGGACGAAGUCACCUCUUCUUUGAGCUUUAAGAAGAUCUCUGUAGAAGAAGACGGCCUGUACAGGUGUGAAGUGAAGGGUCUGGCCAUCGGUCAUGCCAUCAACAUCUUAGUUUCAGACUUGAAUCAGGAAGCUCAACACUCUGAUGAUCAUGCGGCUGAGUCACUGAAAACCCAUAAUGAUGGCUCGAUAGUGUGGCUGCCGUACUUCGCCAUCUUCUGUGGCAUCGCUCUGCCAGUCAUCCUUCUGACCGGCGUCACUCUCCUGAGUUUUCGUUCCUGCUAUCGUCCAGCGAUGCAAAGCUACUUCAAGAGACAGGAACCAUUCAUCCACGUGAGUCCGCAUCUCGCCGGGCGUAGCGCUCCUUCCCGUCCCAUCCCGCCGCCCAGGCUCGCCGUCCUGAGCGUCGCGGAAGCUCCCGGACCGCCACCACCUCCUCUCAUGUCCGCCAGGACUCCACCUGCUGCUGCUGCUGCUGCAAGCGCAGCGACUGCAGGUCAAGUGUCAGACUCUCCAGUGUACGCUGUCAUCAACCACCGCAAACCCGGGAAUCAGACCAGAGCACCGCAUGCAACAGCAGCAGCUAGACCAGAUGGAAAACAAGAAUAUGCUGAGAUCAGUUUUCUCUGAAGGUGUUCUUCGAUUUGCAUGUAGACAUGGUGUGGAAAUGAAAAAAGAAGCGCGGUGGUGCGUCGCGAUGAAGCAGACAGAGGAAACCGUCAACCACUCAGCAGAUGGAGGUCAUCUGUGGUCGUGCACGUUGUGUUUUAUGUCAGCCUGACGAGACCAGAACUUCAUUCUCUCACGCUCAGGUGGGCUCCAGCCGAUGCUGGCGCUCAUGUCGGGUCUCUCAUUUCUCUUCUUGCACUUGUUUUUCUUUGCUCGUUGGUGUGUAAGCGAUGGAAGUUUAAUGAAGAAAUAUCCUGCAGUGAUCUCUUGAUUGCUUCAUUUAGAAUUUUCAUAAAAAGCUUUGUGCUAAGAGGCUCGCCUGUUGGUUUUUCAAUAGAUUCUGUUCAUCCUGGUAAUACCGUACUUAUUGUUGCUUGUCACAUGUAGUUUUCACAACUCGAACAACUGGUCUGUUUAUAAUAAUAAAAAAAAAUCUAAAAGUAUUUAAGUCAUGUGGCUCAAAUACUUGUGCAGUAUUACAAACAAGCAACAUAUAUUUCUAACAGAACCUACUCAGUACCAUCAAAUACACAAAAUAAUACCACAGAAAGGCCAGAUGAAAGUAAAAGUCUUGAAAAAAAAGAGCAGAAGUUUUUCUUAUACAAAAUAUAUCCAGGUGUUCUGUGAUUAAAAAAAAAAAAAGAAGAUUGUUUUUUGAAAUGCGUCUCUUGUGAGUUGUUAAGCUUUGAAAAGAAUCAGCAGAGAAUAUUUGUCACACGGGCAUCAUUUGUUUGGAAGCGGUCCGCCUCAGCUGAUUGGCUGAUUGGUAACGUUAUGGCCGCGAUCACGACCACAUUUAUCACAGAGAAAGUCUGUGCUGUUCACGUCCACAUUUUGUCCUCAAGAAUUGGUUGAAAUAGUCAACAGUCAGAAGAAGUUAGUUUUACAAAGGCCGAAGCAGAUUUAGUGUGGCGGUCUCAGGGAACGGCGGUGAAUUGGAGAAAGAAUCUGCUGUAUGUUGUUGGCUUUAGACGCCGCAGUGACAGUGUGUCCUGACAGAUCAGGGCUGUUUGGGCAGCAAGGUGAGCAAAAGUUCACAAUAAGCAGUAUUUACAGAAAAGUUCAAGAAAAACAAACAUGAAAUCAGAUUAAAGUGGAAUAGAGUCUGUAAAGAUGGUUUUAAACAAAUGAGAAAACCGCCUGAACAGACUGAAACCCUGUUCUCCGGCUGACCUCAUGUAACCUCCAGCGAGUCCCUCGUCAUGGCUCGCCUCGCUGAGAAGCCACACAGAGUAACACAUUGGAUUUUUCCGUUUUUCUUUUGAGGUUAAGCGGGGAAAGCGGCUCUAAUCCGGCGUUUACACCGUGCUGAAACGUCCGGACCGAUCUCCUCACAUUAGACUCAGAGGAGCGAACGACGAGCAGAGGGAGGUGAAGAGGUGACACCAGUUCUGAACUCUGACCGGGACUGUGGCACCAACGAUGUUCACGACUUCAGAGCUGAGGCUGUCUACAUUGUUACUGAUAGGAACGCCCCGGUAAGGAAUGAACAUGUUUUCAUCAAUGUGUUUUACUUCUACAACAAUCAGCCGAGGUGGAGACUUGGAACAAAGCGAAGUUCUGAACAGAAAACAGCCGCAUCCUUCGCCACAACCUCAGUUUCACACGUGUCCCUCGCUGUGUGUGGAAUUUGUUGUUGAUACUUGAAAUGAACUUUUGUCAUUAAGUCUUGAGAAACUCGUUAAAUGGAUUCAUGCCACUCACCUUCUUUGCGCAGGAAACACUUCCAGAGGCAGAAACACAGAGACAUGACCAGCAGAGCAGCGACCGUGGUGACUGAGAUCAGGAUGGUGAGAGCCGUCCCGACU